CCGUCGGCGCCGGAGUUGUCGUCUACGCUUUCUACGGCGACGGAGGCGAGGAUGACUACAGGCGGGUCGCUGAAGCCCCGCGAAUCGAUCAGCUCCGCGAGUAUCUUCAGUACGGGCGUGAUGGCAGGAAUGGACAUGCUCACUCAAGGCGCGGCGUCUCUAGCCAGAUACAACGUACGUGUCCCUGCCAUCAGCAACAGGGGGAUCUGGUGUUCGUGAAAUAUCUACCAAUCAAGAGCUUCGAAACGACGAACAAAUUCCUCAAAAUGGUAAAGAUGUUGCAUGACCUGCGUCACGAGAACGUGAACGCGUUUGUCGCUUGCUACAUCGAUGGCCUCUCUCCCGCCCUGGUGCUGGAAUUCUGCAGUAGGGGUUGCCUCAUGGACAUAUAUACGAACGAAAAUAUAAAAUUGGAAUGGUCCUUCAAACUUUCAUUUCUAACGGAUGUAGUUAGGGGCAUGCGUUACCUUCACUCUUGCCCGCUUAAAAUGCACGGACGUCUGACGUCACGGAACUGCGUCAUCGACAGCAGAUGGGUGGUGAAGAUCACAGACUACGGCCUGCCGACGAUCCUCGACGGAAAAUCCGUCGCGAAAGCAACGACGGCAAAAGAUCUGCUGUGGACGGCCCCGGAGUUGUUGCGGGACACUCUGAUGAUGACGCCGCAUGCUGACGUCUACUCGUUUGCCAUCAUCUGUCAGGAGCUGAUCUUGCGCGGACGACCGUUCUGUAUGAACAAGCUCUCUCCCGAGGAUCUCAUUAAGAAGUUAAAGAAGCCUCCGCCGUUGAUCCGGCCGUCGGUGUCGCCGCAGCAGGCGCCGCCAGAAGCCAUUCACAUCAUGAAGCAAUGCUGGAUGGAGAUGCCCGAGUCACGGCCCUCAUUCGAUGCCAUCUACGAUGGAUUCAAGGGCAUGAACCACGGCAAAAAAACCAACAUGGUGGACACGAUGUUUACAAUGCUCGAGCGUUACUCUGACAACCUGGAGGAUAUCGUGAGGGAAAGAACCGAACAGCUGGACGAGGAGAAGAAGAAGACUGACCAGCUUCUCUAUCAGAUGCUGCCAAGGACGGUGGCAGACGCGUUGAAGGCAGGCCAGCCCGUAGAAGCGAAGACGUACGAGGUGGCGACCAUCUAUUUCUCGGACAUAGUCGGCUUCACUAAGCUCUCUGCCAGCAGCACGCCCAUGGAGAUCGUGACCUUCCUGAAUGACCUCUACACGAUGUUCGACAACACCAUCAACCAGUACGACGUUUACAAGGUGGAGACGAUAGGCGACGCUUACAUGGUCGUCAGCGGAAUCCCCGUGCCUAACGGCGACCGACACGUCGGCGAGAUCGCCACCAUGUCGCUCGACAUACUCAGUCAGUGCGGCACGUUCAAGAUCUGGCAUCGACAGAACCAACCUCUCCUGAUCCGCAUCGGAAUACACACGGGUACGUGCGUGGCUGGAGUUGUGGGGCUCACCAUGCCUCGCUACUGUCUGUUCGGCGACACCGUCAACACAACAUCCAGGAUGGAAUCAACGGGCGCAGCGUUUCGCAUUCACGUCAGCGAGACCGUGGUCACGGAGCUCGAUAAGCUGGGAGGUUACCACAUGCAGUACAGAGGGGAGAUCGAGCUGAAGGGAAAGGGAUUCGCAAAAACCUACUGGCUUGUCGGCAAGGACGGGUUCGAUAAGCCUUUACCAGUACCUCCCGAGAUCCAAUCGUCUCUUCACCACGCGUCCCACGCCCCUGCCCCGCCAAUCAUCAUCGAGCAACCCAGGGAUGCAGAUGGAGCCACCGUCGCCGCGGACGCGUGGGUCUCACAGGACAUGCCUCUACACGCGGAAAAGCUGCCACCAGUGCAGGAACCAGUAUCUGCUAGAAAAGCAGCCGUCAAUCAUCCUGCGGUUAACUCGUCGUUGCUGAAGCAACCCGGUGAUCAACAGGUGUCACUAGACGCCACCUACCGGUGCACCACCGGCAGCACAUCGCUGCACGGCGAGACGGCUGACAUUGACUUUGGAAAGACAAUGCGUGGACACGUCGCUGACGUCACGGCGGCACCACGUGACUCGCUGCCUCUGCAGCAGAGAGGGAACGGAUGUAGAUUGAAGAGCGGGAGAGUGAGGCGCGAUUCUCGCAGGGAUGCGAACACCCCCGUGUAUAACUUCACAACGACAGAGUCACGGCAGAUGAGCGGAGAACAGUUGCAGCCGUAGCAGUCAGCGGCAGGAGGUGGCGAGGGGCGGAGUGCAGCACAGAAGGAACGAUACGCGCCAAAGAAUGAGAAAUACGGACCGGAGCAAGACGACAUGCAACAGUGUCAUGGAACAGCACAAUAAGCGAUACACACACCCGAGUGAGCAUUACACACGACAGCAGGAGAACACAUAACACAGUAAACAACACUUAAUUCAUUUUCUCAUCGUCAGUAUCACCCGUUAUGAGUGCAUUCCUAGCAAUCAUAGCAGUAUGGUAUACGUCUAGGUGUGCACCAACUCCUCGAUCAUUGCUCACUGUAAAUGUUUUUACUAUUUACUGAAAAUAUCAUAUUUAUAUAUAUAAUGCCAGUGUAUCAGUUUGUCAUUGCACAAUGUUGUAAACUAUGUUUGCGUGUGAACACGUACAUAACCUCAUGUUUGGAUUGUGCAUGUA